AUGUCGACCCAGAGAAGCAGCGGCAGCAGCAGCAGCUAUGCCAGAUCGUUUCUCGAAUCUCUGCUUGUGCCAAAGAACGGCGCAUCCACCAACGCUCCUCAGUCCUUCUCGUCCAACUCGACCACAGCCACCGCCAACACCAACGCUAGCACAUCUUCCGCCUCGUCGUCCGUCGCUACCUCCAUAGGCGCAGCUCCUCUUCUCACUGCUGCGUUCAAACCUCACAAGCCAUCUUCUCUCUCAUCCUCAGCCUCCGCUUCUGCCUCGGAAGACGGCGCUGCAGACAGAGACACAUCCGCGUACGACGCCUAUUUGCCAUCCACCCUCUUGUCUCAAUCGGACGAUGUCGAUCAUCGCUUCGCAUCCAACGAUGUCGAGGACGACGACGCUUCUUCCCUCGCCACCUCGCCGCCUCUCUCCUCCUCCUUCAAGGCACAGCAGCUUUCACUUCAGGCGCUUUCCCACCAUCGUACAUUCUCAUCUUCCAGCAGCCGUAGGACCUCCACCUCCGCACCCGUUCCAGAUCACACUUCAGACAUCCUCGUCAUACUCAAUGACGUCCAUCUAGACGAGGAAGAGCGCAUCGACAAGGUUAGAGCCACGCUCGCAAACGCCUUGUAUGCUAUCGAAGGCGUUCCCGCCCCAUCCGCGCGCAUCGACAGUCUCGUUCUCGAUCUCAUGCAUCGUCAUCGAGAGGAUGUACAACCCACCGGCAUCCAAUUCCUCUCCAACCCUACCCAGUCGCCAGUCCGUCGUCCUGCCAGCAUCCGCUCCUUCUCCUCUUCCCGCCCGUGGACGCCCUCCAGACCUUCCUUUUCGCCCGCCUCAUCUUUUGCCGCCACUCCCACAGAUACCACACCGCCUGCCUUUGCUCAGCGCCCAACAUCCCCACACGUCGGCUCCAGUGCAUUGGCUUCCCUUACUGCCGCCACCAGCCCUGUAUGGUCCUCUGCCAACACCAACACCGCCGCCAGUCCACGACCGCAUCCAGGCGUAAUUGGCUCUGGUUCACCGCGUGCGUCGCCCAAGCCGUGGAAUCGCACCCUCUCCAACCUCUCCACCACCAGCUUGGUCUCUUCCAACGGUGGCGCCGCUCAGGGCGUAGCUUCUCCCGCAGCUUCGCUUCCUCCAGGAGUCAUUGGCAGCACAGCCAGCAGACCUGCAUCACCCUCCCCCUUCGGUUCGCCCAAGCUCAACAUUGCAGCCACAGAGUUCAAACCGCGCACCGCUUCCUCAUCCAGCGCCGCUGCCGUUCCGCCCGCAUUCACACUCACUCGUUCAGCACCGCAUCUCGUUCGUCGACCCAGCUCCAAUGCCAGCAGUAGUAAUCUCGCCUUGGCCAACAAGAGCCACGCUGGCGCCGGUGACGACGAUGACGACGAGUUCUCGCCUUUUGGUACCAUCAAACCUUCACAGCAACAGCCCCUCAGCUUUGCUGGCUUCACUUCCUAUGACUCUGACGCUGGCUGGACCUCGGCACCCUCCUUCGGCGCUCCCGACGGAUACGCGAGCGCUUGGAACGAUCCCGCGCCCAACUCCAAUGUUGACCCAUCGCAGCUAGAUCCGCUCGGAGCCGAGCCUACAGCGCCUCUCACACCCUUCGACAUGCUCUACUCGAUCCUUGUCACCGGAACCAAAGCCGGCUCGUCUGAAUGGAGUCCAGAGCAGGUGGAUGAGGCCCUCGUCAUGCACAACUACGACGUCGAAAAGACGCUCAAUGCCAUCUGGGAGAACGACGGCAAGCCCCUCGGUGAUGGCACCCGUUCAUUGCUCUCCGGCGGCACGUCUGCAUCUGGAAUGCUCGCCGGUGUUGCGACUGCAAGCUCGCCUCGGAUAGUACCAGCUCAGUUGCCAGCUACGGCGGGCGUCAAAGCAGGAGUCAACGUCAUGUCCAGGGAAGCUCUCGGCCUCGGUGCUGCGCGUGGUCAGCGUCCCGGCCUCUCCCGAUCCGGAUCUUCGCAGCUCACUCCAAGGUUCGAGGCGGCCACAUCCAACCCCUCCGGAUCAGGUGGCGCAAAUCGCGUUUGUCGCUACUUUAUGGCUGGCGAAUGUCGUCGAAGCGACUGCCGCUUCUCGCACGACCUCGACAAUCGAGCCGUGUGCCGCUACUGGCUCAAGGGCCACUGCGCUCACAAUCCGUGCAACUUCUUGCAUGACUACGAUGCCCUCAAUCAGCUCGCCGCUGGCAUCGUGUCGGGCCUCACUGUGAAUGAUGGAAGCAUGCAGCAACAGCCGGCGUCAACGGCUGACGCAGCUGGUGCUGGCGGAGUAGCACGUGCAUCGAAUGGAACCCGGGACGAUUUUCCGCAACUCGGUGGGAGUGCAAAGGAUGCACCGUCAAAGACUUCCUACGCCGCAACGCUUGGAAGUGGCGCCGAUCCAUCCAGGAACAGAUGGGCUUCGACGGUGCAGAAGCGUGCGCCGACCGAUGCUGCCACGAAGGCGCAGAGCGAUACGCAAGGCGUCAUAAGCAUCCAUUCGAAAGCAGCUCCCAUACGCUCUCAGCCAGGUGCGAACGCUCUCGAAAACAAGUCGUCCAGCAAGGGCGCCGCUGCGGGCCCACGUACCUCGGCGCGCUUACCUCUGCGGCCUUCUGCGCUGUUGCCGACGCUGCUGACAGGAAGCAGUGCAGCCGAGACGUACCAGACGCACCGGGGCGAUGCGCUCUCGCUUGCCGAGCAACGGAACAAGCUGCUUGCACGAGCCUCCGAGGCCUUCCGUAAAGGCGAUGUGGCUUCGGCGAAAAAGUUCAGCAAAGAAGCUUCGUCGCUCAACCAUCAGUACGAGGAUGAAUCGCGAACGGCAGCUCAUGCGAUCGUCAAGGAGCGCAUGAGGGAGCUGCGCUCUCGUCUCAACGAUCCAAGCACGUCGGGCUCCAGCGCAUCUUCACAGAGCAACGAGGCGGGUGCUCGGAACCUGCGGGGCAAGGUUGUGGGCAACGGUCUGGGACUCUGUCUCGGCGUUGUCCGUCCGGGAGCGUUGCAGGGCAGCCAGGCUUCUUCGAUAACGGCGAGUCUGUCGGCGGACGAGCGUACAGAGUGUCUGCUCGACUUGCACGGUCUGCAUGCAAAGGAGGCGGUUGAGCUGACGGAGGAGUUCCUGCUCGGGUUGGAGGCGGAGGGUGUGCAGGGUCUGGCGUAUCUGGCGAUCGGCAAGGCGAAGCACAGCAGCAAAGAGACGGACAAGAGGAGGGUCAAGCUGGGCGGGUUCGUGAAGCAGUUCCUGAGCAGCUAUGCGUAUCCGUUUGCGGAGAGCGAUGGCGUGCUGGUGGUGGAUCAUUUGAGUCACUCGUGA